GAAAUGAUAAACUAGAUUGUUAAGUACUUCAGUUAGUCUUUGUUCUUCAUCAUUUUUCUCUAUAAGUAAGUCCCUUUCCAUUUUCAUCAAUAUGCAUUUAUCUUAUUCAAACAUCAUAACAUUACAACAUAUAACUUUCCUUGAUAUUAAAAGUGCAUACAAAGUAUCAAAUAUUUAAAUACCUAUCCGGGUGCAAUCACAUAUCCAAGCCAUCAGACCUAAAUUUGCAAAAGCCCGAUGGAUCCGAUCGACAACAAAAUGUUGUCCUCUGAUUCGAAUUACGCUAGUGAUAUUAGCGACAAUGCCUCCGCCACCGGAUCGAUAGAGAAUCCAAUGUACAAAUGCAAGUAUUGUCCUAGGAAAUUCGAUAAAACACAAGCAUUGGGUGGUCAUCAAAAUGCUCACAAGAAGGAGAGAGGGGUAAAAAAACAACAUGAAGCAUUUUUGGCGCAUUUGAACCAACCGAAACCAGACCUUUACUUGUACUCGUAUUUGCAUCCGCAUUCAUUUCCUAACCAGUACGCACUCUCACCGGGAUUUGAACAACGUCGUUACAAAGUUGAUAGAAUUGACAAUAUGUCCAUGGUCUACAACCAAUAUAUGGGAUCUUCAAGCUCUGGCUUUUUAGGACUACGAAGUGAUCCAAGUCAAAGAAUGGACCGGGGUUCGACCUUUAACGGGAUCUCAUCCCAAACUCAACCUCAACCUCAACCGCUAUCGUCUGCAUCGUCACCAGUGUGUUUAGAUCUUUGUCUUGGUGUUGGUAGCUCCCAAACCCAACCACAACCUGAAGAACCAAACGAUGCAACAGAAGAGAUGGAUGCUAAGAAAGAAAAUGAUGGUUCUUCUCUUUCUCUCUCACUCAAGCUAUGAAGUUGUAAUGCUUCCCUUUUAAGUAUUUUUCUUUAAUUUUGAUUUAGUUUUAGAUUCACCACCUUUGUUUUCUUGCAUAGUAUCGGCUUGUGUCAAAUCAGUACUUGUGCACUUAAACAUUGUAAUAAACUUGGUUGUUAUUUGCAUUUGAAUUCAUAAAAUACAAAAACUUUAUAUUGUUCCAACUUUUGGGGUGU